AUGUGUUGUUCCUCUUGUUCAUGGCACAAGAGAUAUACUUCAAGAGGUUUCAACAGGGCGGAGUCAAUCACAAAUUAUGCAGGAGCAAUCCUCACAAGUGGCACGGCUUUCUAUGGAGUUAGUGGUUCUGUUAGUGUUUAUAACCCAAAAGUGGACCAAGAACAAACGAGUGACGCAUCUAUGUUUAUUGCAAAUCAAGAUUCAAAUAAUUUUGAUGCAAUCUCAGUGGGAUGGCAUGUGCUCCCUUCUUUAUACCAAGAUAGCGCAACUCAUCUUUAUAUUGCUUGGACGAGUAACAAUUUCGAGAAAGGAUGUAUGAAUACACAAUGUCCUGGCUUUGUUCAAACCGACAAAUUAAUCACUAUUGGUCAAUCACUCAAUCAAAUAUCAACUAUUGAUAAAUUUUCUAUCGACCUUUCCUUGGCUAUCCUACAGAAUUCAAGCACAAAAGAUUGGUGGAUUUAUAUAAAUGAGAAGAAAAUUGGAUACUAUCCUGCAUCUUUAUUCUCCAAUAUGGCAUCAGCUAAUCAAAUAGUGUGGAUAGGAAAAACAACAAAUCCUACUAAUACUGCUACCCUCCCAUGGGAUAUGGAGUAA